AGUGAACAUCUGUACUUUCUUUUCCCUUCAAAGAAAUAAAAAUUAGACUCUUGGAAAUUUUGCUUUGAUUAAAGAUGUUGAAGGUGAAGUCCCGCUGGAGGAUCACAGACACGCGAGGAUCACACCCCGUCCCGUCCCCGCUUCAUUUUUAAGAGGACACGAGGAGGAGGGCUCUGACAUCAGCGCUCCCGCCGCCGUCCCCCAAAUAAGCCAGCACCCAGGAGGCUGCCUGUUUGCCGAAUCCGCCGCGGCUCGCGCCUCUCAUCCAUCAGGCGGUCGGGAUCCGCCGGAGCUGGAGCGGCCGGUUUGCGCAUCGAGGAUCCGCCGCGGGACGGAGCUUCACCUUCAGCGGUGAGUUUGCAGGGGGGGAAAAACGAGUCACGUUUGUCCUAAACGCACCUCUUCAGCUCAGAGCACUGACCCGCACGCACAUGGACUCACUCUGCCAAGCGCACUGACUGUAACGCUCAUUACGGGACUUUGAUUUGAAAUCUGCAGCUGCAGAAGGAGUGGCACUCUGCACUGCAGCUGUGACAUCAGGUGUGCGCGCACGUGUGGGUGGAAGGAGAUCAGGCAUAACAUUAGUCAGGUCAGUCUGCACCCCCUCAGCUCCCCAGGUCUGUUCAUGCAGGCCUCAGACUGUCCUAGUCGGUGAAUGAAGGCUGGAUUACAAAGACCCCCACCUGCUUUGCUGUUUCAUAUAUUUUUGGAUAAAUAACCUCAAACUUUCAGGUGUUGAAUUUCACCUCAGGGACAGAUUCUUAUCUUUGCUGUGUCAGCAUCACCGCUUUUCUUUCAGUCCACUUAAGCUCAGGGAUUCCUCCAAAACUCACCUUCCUAUGAACACCUGUUGCCAUGGGAUCAGAGACUUUCCAGUACAGAGCCCUCUUUGAGUACAAGCGCGAGCACACCAAUGACAUCAGUCUCCAGCCAGGUGACCUGCUCACCGUCGCCAAGGCCUCGCUCAUGUCUGCAGAGCCCCCAGAGGGCGGCGAGCGAAGCCCCCCGGGCUGGUUGCCUGGCGUCAACGAGAGGAGCAAAGAGAAGGGACUCUUCCCAAGGACGUUCGUGGAGUUUAUUGGAGUGGUAGCAAAACCGUGGCCCCGGCCUGGACUGCCAGCUGCAGAGGGCCAGCUUGGAGCGGCAGCUUCUUCAGGUGCUGAGGCGGAGCUUCUGUUGGCAGCAGCUCCGGUGUUUGCUCAGAGACUUAUCGAAGCCAUUGAGAAGCACGGUGUAAAUGGUGAGCCUCUGUAUCAACGUUCGUCAUCCAACAGUGGACCCAUAGCGCUCCGGCAGGUUCUGGAUUCAGACCCCAUCUCGGCAGAUUUGGACAAGUACGAUGUGGUUUCUCUGAGUGAUGCCCUGAGAGAUUUCCUGCAAGACCUGCAAACCCCUAUUAUCCCUCCUAUCGUCUAUAAUGAACUGGUCUACACAGCUCAAGAGAAUCAAACAGUGGAGGAAUGUGGGGAGAAACUAAGAAGUAUCCUGGAGUCUCCCAACAUGCCCCUAGCCAACCACCAGCUGCUGGUCUGCCUCAGCAGGCACUGGGACCGGGUCGCCCAGCAGGGUCAGGCCAGCCCCCGGCUGCUGGCACAAGCUUUCGCGGAUGUUGUCUUCAAGCAAACUCCUCUCAGAACAGAUGUGAAUCCAGAGCUUCACCUCCAGAUUUUUGAGGCUCUCAUCACAACUGGAGGACUUACAGAGAUGCAGGCGGCCCCAGCUCUUCCUCCAAAGCCAGCAAAGUCCCAGCAGUCCUCAUCAGUGGGAGUGGGGGGAGGCAGCACCACCACCAAGGAUGGAGGAGCGUUGCAAGAAGCCGAGUGGUACUGGGGGGACAUUUCCAGGGAGGAAGUGAAUGAUAAACUCAGAGACAUGCCUGACGGGACCUUCCUGGUGAGGGAUGCUUCCACGAAGAUGCAAGGCGACUACACACUCACACUGAGGAAAGGAGGCAACAAUAAGCUGAUCAAGAUCUACCACAGGGAUGGGAAGUACGGUUUCUCAGAGCCGCUGACCUUCAACUCAGUGGUGGAUCUCAUCAGCCACUACAGGCACGAAUCUCUGGCCCAGUACAACACCAAGCUGGACGUCAAGCUCAUGUAUCCCGUCUCCCGCUUCCAGCAGGAUCAGCUGGUAAAGGAGGACAACAUUGAUGCUGUUGGGAAGAAACUGCAGGAGUACCACAAUCAGUACCAAGACAAGAGCAAAGACUACGACCGGCUCUAUGAAGAUUACACAAAGACGUCCCAGGAGAUCCAGAUGAAGAGGACGGCCAUUGAGGCCUUUAAUGAGACCAUCAAGAUCUUUGAAGAGCAGUGCCACACCCAGGAGCGCUACAGCAAAGACUACAUAGAGCGCUUCCAUCGCGAAGGCAAUGACAAGGAGAUCGAGCGCAUAAUGAUGAACUACGAGAAGCUCAAGUCUCGGCUUGGGGAGAUCCACGAUAGCAAAGUGCGACUGGAGCAGGACCUGAAAACCCAAGCCAUGGACAACCGCGAGACAGACAAAAAGAUGAACAGUCUGAAGCCUGACCUCAUACAGCUGCGCAAGAUCAGGGACCAAUACCUCGUCUGGCUCAAUCACAAAGGAGUACGGCAGAAACGAAUCAACGACUGGCUUGGCCUGAAGAACGAGAACACUGAUGAGAGCUCCUUUGUGAGCGAGGAGGAAGAGAACUUGCCUCACUAUGAUGAGAAGAGCUGGUUCGUGGGGAAUCUGAACCGGAUGGAGGCAGAGGAGCUGCUCAUCGGAAAGUCAGACGGAGUCUUUCUCAUUCGAGAAAGCAGCAAAAAAGGCUGCUACGCCUGCUCUGUUGUCGUUGACGGGGAGGUGAAGCACUGCGUCAUCUACAGCACGCCGCGCGGCUUCGGCUUCGCUGAGCCAUACAACCUGUACAGCAGCCUGAAAGACCUGGUGCUCCACUACCAGCAGACCUCGCUGGUGCAGCACAACGACUCGCUCAACGUCCGGCUCGCCUACCCCGUCUACACACAGAUGCCCUCCGGACGCAGAUGAACCCCGCCCACCACGGACAUCCAGCCAGCCUCCUCUUUCAGAUUGAGGAAGGGUUAAGGUGGGGGUGUGGUUUUCAUGCAAAAAGACCCCCCAAACAACAAACCAGAAACACUCGCUGCAACACUCAUGUCAGCCACCUUGGAGUUCUAUAUAUUUUUUACGAGAACAUUUUCGGAGGGCAUUCUUUCUAAGACUGCUUGAUUUGCACAAGGAAGUUUUAAAUGUUUGUGAAUGUGAGAAAAAGUGACCGAAGGAAGGAAGGAAACGGAGAAGGAGAUGUCAGUUUCAGGUCGACUCCCCUCGCUGCUACCUAAAAGAAAAACCACCACCACGACUACGAAACAUUCCCACUGUCACGCCUUCAUCCCACCUCCGUGUUUCCUGACCGGAGCGGACGCCACCAGGAGUCAGCUCUCCGUUCGAAGCGAAUAAAUGAUGUAGCAUGAUGAGACCGCGGACACUUCUCCACAUAGACUGCUGCUGAGGGAUUUUAGGGGGGGGUGUGAAACAAUUUUCUUCAGGUGGACAAAAGCUCGCUUUUCUACUAACUGCAAAACUGUUGUGUCUGUUUCAGUUUGUUUUGAUUUUGGUGCCUGUUUUCAAACGGCAACAACACAGUUGAACCAGAGACCAAAGUGUGAACGUGGGGGGAGGGGGGGCAGAGAGAGUUUUUUUUAUUUUCUUGUUUUUUUUCGAUGUUCAGUAUAAAGUGCAGCAGAAACGAAUAAGAAGCACUUAAAGGCAAAGCAAACAUGCUGCAGCCACGCCGAGAUUCGUAUCAAUCGCUUCGAAACUCCAAAACAAAUCCAGGCUGAGGUCAUCCUCCCCUAGCUAGCGGAUAUGGAAGUACGGCAGCUGAGAGGAGCCAACAUGCUGUAGAUUUGCACUCUAAAUUUAGUCGAACAGGUUGGAUUUGGGCUUUUCUGUUUCCGAACUAAGUGAAGCUGCAGAACACAUUCCCUUUUAAAGAAAAAAGUAACCCACAACAGCCAGUCUUAUAAGCUACCAUUUAAUAACCAGUUAUUUACAACCAAAAACCUGCAGUUUGGCUUCUUUUCCGGAAGCGUCUGUGCCGGUGUUGGCAGCGUGAUGAGCCUUCUCAGCUGCUGGGGGAAAAAAAUAUAAUCAGCUUCUGCGCAAACUCCGAGCAACUUUAUUUUCUGUUCGGCUUAAAAAAACAAACUGUUGAGCUCUUCACGAUAGAAUUUUCCUCCACCUUCCAGAACAAGACUGUUUUUUCACAGGAAAGUCAGGCAAACCCCAUUGAAUGUGCCCACCUCGCGUCUCCGUGGACCCCAUCCUCAGUGCCAUUAUCUCCUGCCACGCCCCCCCAGAACCCGAAAAAAAGCUGUGGUUGGCAAAACGUUCCGAAUCAGACAGAGAUGGGAAUUGGCGACUCAAAAAUUGGACCAAACAUCCAACCUCCGUUUCUCCUUCGCCACUUUGAAAGGCUCGCCGUGUCCUUCAGAUCCCUGCUCUGCUCCACUCACUCCUGUUCUGAUUUUCCUCAUCUUGAAUGUACAAAUAACAAAAAAUAGGGUCCAGUUCCAAAGCUGUUGACCCUCUCCUCCCCUUCCCUCCCCCACCCGUUCGUCUGUCUCUAAGGUGCUAUCGGAAAUACAGGCUCAUCCGAUUUGGCGGACUUCUCAUAAAGUUUCCGGUCAUCGACGCUCAGGUUUACCGUAGAGACGACCACACAACAAAGCCAGCCAGUUCAAAAAAAAAACAGCUAAACGAAGCAAAUCAGGGUUUUUCUUUGACUAAAUGUCGUUUGAGAGACCGUCUCAAAGCUUGGAUGUCAGUCUCCCUCCCUCUGCCAUCCCGCCGGUUCUCAUUAAUUCGCAGCCAUUUUUUUUUUUUUUUUUGCCAGGGAGAUCCGAGAAAAUCCCUGGUUCUUACUACUUGAAGGAUCUUUGCAUCACUCACUGUUGAAUGUCUUUAUAUGAAAAUAUACGUUUAUUAAAGAAAUAAUAAGAGAAGUUUUGCUUUGGUUUUAUGGUGAGCAGAGUUUGUACAUCUGUACAGUAUUUGGUUUCAGACUAAGCUUCUUCAGGAAGGGUAAGAGGGCGCUCUUAUUUUGAAACUUUUCUUGACCUGGUCAGAUAUUUCUCCUCCGCAGAAGUUGCACACAUUUACCUGUGAUGUCUUCAUAUGCAUCCAUAUUUACACAAAGAUGUACCUAUCAUUGCAGAGAAAUCUUUAUAUACAUUAUAAGUCUAUAUGAAGCUAAAAGAAGUGACCGUUGAAGGGUUGUUUUGUUUACCGACUGUUUUUCUUUUCUCCGGUAACGUUAAAAAACCAAAGAUUUUAGUUCUUCUCAGCGGAAAGGGAUUUUUUUUGGUUUGUUUUGUUUAAUAACAUGAAAACCCCUUAUUGAUUGAUGUCCUGAUGGUAAAAAGCAAUUCUUUAAACUUGACCUGCAGUCUGAGUUGAAUCAGUGAUGAAAAACUGAUCUAACAUCCCUCCAGGUGUCAAAGUGUUGCAAUUUGAACUAUUUCCUUUAUCAUUGUCUUGUGUGAAUCUCAAACCCUUCACAAACUUUUACAGGGAGGUUAGGUCUCAGCCCAACCCCCCUAAGAAAAUUAACAAAAUCUAUUUCCUGUAGAAUUUUUAAAUAAUCUUUACAAAGUUUUGAAAGGCAGGUUUGGUCUUAGCCCUGCCCCUAAAACGUAAAAAAAACAGGUUUCCUAUUUUCUUUUUAAAAUUGACUAAAUUUGAGAGGCAGGUUGGGUCUUAGUCCCGCCCUAAAAUAAUUAAUAAAAUAAAAACAGGAUUUGCUAUUUAACUAUUUUUAAUGCUUACACAAUUACACAAUUUAAGAGGUGGUUAGCACCCCCCCCCCAAAAACAAAACAAACAAAACUAAAUAUAUUCAAAAAUAUUAUUUCCUUUCAAUUUGUUUUAUCCUUUACAAAAUUAAAGAGGCAGAUUCAGUCUUAGCCCCGCCCUCAAAGAAUUUAUUAAACAGAAUUUCCUAUUUAUUUGUUUUUGGUCCCUUAGGAAGUUCCAUAUCUUUGUGAAAAAUGUUGUUCGAUAUGGAAAGCCAACACGGACAAAAAUAAUUCUGCACAAUUACUUUUUGCAGGAAGUUUUAAGACACAGGAUGCAAUAUAGCCUUUCCGAUUUUUUUUUUCUCUGACAUCUUGCAGUAAUUACAUUUUUUUUCAUAAAAAUAUGCAUCAAACCUGUCAAUCAUGGGGUAAUCCUUAAACUUUGUCCAGCUAGGAUAACAAUUUUUUAAAAUUUUUGCUAUUCCAUGUCAGAAAUAAGCUCUAUCUAAAUGCAGCAAGUAUACAAGCUAGCAGUGACAACAGGUUUGAACCGUUUUAAAUGUCCGUACUUGUGAAUACUUGCAGGACUAUUUUGUUUUCGGUCACCUCAGCAUGCAAUAUCCUCCUUGCUAUCAACAAAGGGGUUCGUGAUGAAAGGAGGUCACUUAGUGCAUCAAACCCCACAGUUCAGGUGUUUCACAACAGGCUCCGUUUUCUACUGGAAACAGGCGAGAGAGAAAAAAAUAGAGUCGGAGACUAGCACAACAAACCAAAAUAUCACUUGAGUUUACCUUUACCGACUGUUUGGUUGAGUUUUCCAAUGCGAAAACUUAACUUUUUAACUCAAAAAAAAAAAAAAGACUUCAGGAAAGUGGCUCUUGGUAAAUAAAAAGGUAGAGAAGGUGCAGUCUCAGCAACAAUAAAGGCCCGCCAUCACCUUCUUUCUUUUCCCUGAGUGUUGAGGCUCAUUACCAACCCAGGACUGUUAACAAAAACAAAAUAAAGUCUGUUGCUACUCAGCUAUUACUCUUCACUCUGGAGCAGUUCUGCAAAGUUGUAUUUGCAGCGAAGUUUGAAUACGUUUGUGAUUCUCUCUGAGGAGUCGUGUCGUGUUCUUACCACUGCUUAUCUGAUCACAGUACCCAGCACAGCUUUGAGGGGGGAGCGGCCCCUAAAUAAUACACACAUACAUAUUUAUAUAUAUAUAUUGCCAUAUAUAUAUAUAUGAAAAUACAGAACUUUAAAAAGGAUUUUUAAAAACUGUAUAUGACAGCCCUCCCUCCUACUCUUUUGGACACAUCCGGCAUGCAUAUUUGGUACUCUUUGACUGUUGUUUUUUGUGUAUUUAAAAGAAAAACGAAGAAAAAAAAAAGAUGUCUUGGGAAAACAACUGUUCUUUGUCUGUUUAUGGUGUAUUCAGAUCUGAAGUUUAAUAUUGCUAAUUUAACAUCACCGCUUUUACAGCUGAAGAUUAAGGUCUGAUCCCUUGGCGUCAGUUACAUAGUGCUGUCAUUGGGAACAAACCGAGAAAGAGGUCCGGACGGGUGGGGCUGAAGGGAUCCAACCAAAUGUUAGGAUUUUAUGCAAAUUUUUGAGCGUGUGGACGCAGACAGAUUCUCCGACCAGUGGGUGGAUCUUUGCCUUCGGCCGGGCCUCUCUGUCAGUGUUCCCAGCUGCCAUUCCCGCUCCAGGCUUUUCUCGGUAUUUCCUUCUUUGACCUGCUUUAUCCUUCACAAAAACACCUUCCUUUCUCGUAUCGGUUUGAAACAAGUUUGUUGGUUGUAGAUUCUCUGUUUCUCAAUGGAGCUCCACCAUAAUUCAUUCUCUUGCAGAAUAAAGAAAAAUAUUUUGAUCAAAUACAAA